ACUGCUACUUCCUGACCGCGGUGUCAUAUGACUCCGUCUCUUCAUCCGCUCCAGCGCACAUCUGUUUACACACAGACGCUUUAAUUAGUUACGAGCAAAAAUAAUAACAAUGUCUACAUUAGUAGCGAAUCGGCCCGUUGACCUGAACGGCCCUGAAGCAGCGGCACGGCAACACGCGCAAGCAGUGGUCAGAAACUACAUUUCCCAGCCCAGACUGACCUACUCCACUGUGUCAGGUGUAAAUGGACCGCUGGUCAUCCUGGACCAUGUCAAAUUUCCACGUUAUGCAGAGAUUGUGCACCUAACUUUACCUGAUGGGACCAAGAGGAGCGGUCAGGUGCUGGAAGUGAUUGGCACCAAGGCUGUCGUUCAGGUAUUUGAAGGAACUUCAGGUAUCGAUGCAAAGAAGACAGCAUGUGAGUUUACUGGCGACAUCUUGCGCACACCCGUGUCUGAAGACAUGCUUGGACGUGUCUUCAACGGAUCAGGUAAACCAAUUGACCGGGGUCCUACUGUUAUGGCUGAGGACUACUUGGACAUCAUGGGUCAGCCCAUCAACCCUCAGUGUCGUAUCUACCCAGAGGAGAUGAUCCAGACUGGCAUCUCUGCUAUUGACGGCAUGAACAGCAUUGCUCGUGGACAGAAGAUCCCCAUCUUUAGUGCUGCUGGACUGCCGCAUAACGAGAUUGCUGCUCAGAUCUGUCGUCAGGCUGGUUUGGUGCAGAAAUCAAAAGACGUGAUGGACUACAGUGCAGAGAACUUUGCCAUCGUCUUUGCUGCUAUGGGGGUCAACAUGGAGACUGCCCGUUUCUUUAAGUCGGACUUUGAGGAAAAUGGAUCUAUGGACAAUGUGUGCUUAUUCUUGAACCUGGCCAACGAUCCUACCAUUGAACGCAUCAUCACCCCACGUUUGGCAUUGACCACGGCGGAGUAUCUGGCCUAUCAGUGUGAGAAACAUGUGCUGGUCAUCCUCACGGACAUGAGCUCUUAUGCAGAAGCUCUGAGAGAGGUGUCUGCUGCCCGUGAAGAGGUGCCAGGUCGUCGUGGUUUCCCAGGUUACAUGUACACUGAUCUUGCUACAAUCUACGAGCGUGCUGGUAGAGUGGAAGGCAGAAAUGGAUCAAUCACUCAGAUCCCCAUUUUGACCAUGCCUAAUGAUGAUAUCACCCACCCAAUUCCUGAUCUGACAGGGUACAUCACAGAGGGACAGGUUUAUGUAGACAGGCAACUACAUAACCGACAGAUUUAUCCUCCCAUCAAUGUACUGCCAUCUCUCUCUCGUUUGAUGAAAUCUGCUAUUGGAGAGGGAAUGACUCGCAAGGAUCAUGCUGAUGUCUCUAACCAACUGUAUGCAUGUUAUGCCAUUGGUAAAGAUGUUCAGGCCAUGAAAGCUGUGGUGGGUGAGGAAGCUUUGACCCCUGAUGAUCUGUUGUACCUGGAGUUCCUACAAAAGUUUGAGAAGAACUUCAUUGCUCAAGGUCCCUAUGACAACAGAACUGUGUUCGAGACACUAGACAUUGGUUGGCAGCUGCUCCGUAUCUUCCCCAAAGAAAUGCUGAAGAGAAUUCCUCAGAGCACGCUGUCCGAGUUCUACCCGAGAGAGUCCGCUGCCCGCCACGGCACCUCUUAAGACCUAAACACCUUCAGGAGGCUUAGGCCAAAGGUCACAUGACCUGUGCGCCCCCAAAAUCUCAUCUCAGACCCCUGUGUCCACCUUUACUAUGAUACCGAAUACAAUGAUGUUAAGAUUAUUGGGGGUUAACUCUGGGUUAUGACAUAAAUCAUACAUGCAUAUAAUGGUUCUGUAAACAUAUAAUGUUGUUAAACCAAUAUGUUUUGACCCCCAUUGUUGUGUUUUACAUGUUUGUGUGUAUUGCAGUGUGUGGAUAAGAUGUGUAAUUGUGAUUGCUGUACUCUAUGUUUGCUUUUGUUUUGGUUUACUGUUUUGUUUCCAGAGAUAAAAACUGUUCUGUAGUACUUUUCUUUUUUGUUUCACUGUCCCCAAACUAAAGAGAGUGUGUAAAACAUUUGAGCUCAAAAGGAAAAUUCAGGGCUGACUUGCACACAUUUGUUCUCUCACUUCAACUAUCACUGGAGCAUCAUACACACACCAUAAACACACGUCAUACCAGAUUUCCAAACAUUCCAAUAUAAUUCCAAUGUAAUAAUUAAGGCUAUUUGGUUUACUUUCUAACUAGUUAAUAAUGGCCAAUGGUUGAAGAUAUUUGUUUUUAUUUAUUUUUAAUGUUAAAAAAAAAACUAAUGAAAGCCUGAACAAGAACUUAGUUUCCAGUAAGAUGACAGCCAUGUAAUUAUAGGUGUUGAUUGAUCAUAUAGUGUGUGACUGUCACUGACAGUGUUAUUUCCCUUUAGAGUAGGAUGGAGGAUGUUUACAGCAGCUGUGCUUUCAAAUAUACAAGUAUGUGCUGAUACAAGAAUGAUUAAACAUCCUCUUUUCUGUGCAUAAACGUGUUUUACCUGUGUUGAUUGCGGUCCUGUCAAACCUCUCAGAUGAAUUAAAUUAUAUUAUUAUCAUGACUGACA